GAGAAUUGUUAUUUGGGAAGAAGUGUCCAUAGUGCAAUUGUUAGUUCGUGUUGGAAGCAGCUGAAGGAAGUUCACGAAGGAACUCAAGUUCAACACCCAAAGGAUAGAAUAUUAGUGUGUGCUGAUCGCCUUAUCGUUUCCGUGGAGCUGCAGACAACUAAGUUUCUUCAGGGAACAUUUCAAUUUCGGCAAAGCGAUGGCACAAGCGAGGAUGACACUCUUCACCACAUUGGCCCUGGUCGUGUGUGUGCUGAAUUGCGCAUAUGCCAUUCCUGCGAAGAAGGCAGCUGCCAAGACGGUACCAGCCGCUGCGACGGCGGAGCCCACAGGUGCGCCUGCAAAUGCGGCUACAGGUACGCCUACAAAUGGGGCUACAGAUAUGGUUGGCAAGAAGGAGCAAGGCGCUGCCGUGUGUGAAUAUGCUGGCACGCAAUACGUCAACGGUGAUACGUGGUCGGAUAAGACAAAAGGCUGCCAGGAUUGUCGAUGCGUCUUCGGCACAACCGUGUGCCAGCCCGCAAUCCUGCUCUGCACCAAGUCAGUCGGUGGCACACUGCCCUGCAACGCCAGCAAGAUGGUGCGUGCCAAGGAUACAUGCAGCUGCGACACAUGCCCUAAAGCCGCGGAAACGUGCUCUAGUCUCCCACGCGCCCACUGGUUCAGAGAGGAGGUGGAUGCCUGCAAACUCUGCCACUGUGAGAAUGGAAAGGUCCAGUGCCUGAAGGAAGGCUUCAAGUGCUCCCCGUGCAGACCUGGCUUCGAGAAAUCCACCGGCCAUGGCGUCUGCUCCUGCCCCACCUGCCUUCCCGUUGAAAAUACCGCUGGUAAGGAACAAAAUAUGUUCGGUACACAAGAGCCCGGAACUGAGCCAGUGCAAGGUACACAAGCGGCAGGAGUCGAGCCUGUGCAAGGUACACAGUCGCCUGGAACUGAGGCUGUGCAAGGUACACAAGCGGCAGGAGUCGAGCCUGUGCAAGGUACACAAGCCGCAGGUGUCGAGCCUGUGCAAGGAACCCAAGCGGCAGGAGUCGAGCCUGUGCAAGGUACACAAGCGGCAGGAGUCGAGCCUGCACAGGGCACACAGGCGGCAGGAGUCGAGCCUGUGCCAGGCACACAAGCGGCAGGAACCGAAGCCGUGCCACUGCCAUAAUCCAAUGCAUCGCGCACAGCAAGACACAGAUUGCUUUACUGACUAUCCAAUAGCCAAAUCCACACGGUCAAUUUCAUAGGAUAAGUGUAUAUUUAUCUAAAAAAAUAUCGCCUUAAUUCCUUUCUACUUCCUCGGGCGCGUUCAUUAUCAUGCCUUCGGGCUGGUUUUGAGAGCUGUUAUAAUUAUCGCAUGCGUAUUUAGCCUAUUGUACCAGAAACGAACAUUCCCCGUCUUUUUUCAGUUCUUUAUUAUCUAAUGCAUUUUCAUUUACAGGAACGAUGCUAACAUUUUCACGUGUUGAUUCCACACAUUUUAUGUUCAAACCCUCAUCCCCAAAUGCCUUACGCAAAUUUUGCAGAAGCUGCUGUUUCGCAGAAUAUUGGCAAAGUUCAGGCAAAUUAAGCCUGGUAUUUCUCUCCUUGUGUGACCCUAUAAUUAUUAUCUUCCCGGCUACGAAAGAAUACUUGGAUGAUCAGGAUCACACAGUGAGAGCAGAACAUCA